CGCAUCAAAACAAACUGCGCUACGAGUGUUGCAUUUUCCUGGAAGUUUACCUAAACAUCAUCUAAUGGGUUCAAGCAGUGAUUCCGAUAACGAUUCCGACGAGCGGAAGCGUCUCAAGAAGCAAAAAAAGAAGGAAAAGAAAUCCAAGAAACACAAGAAGGAAAAGAAGCAUAAGAAAAAGAACAAAUCGCACAAGAAACGCGAACGCCGGAACAGUUCCAGCAGCAGUGGUAGCAACCGCUCGUUCGACGAUGGAAGAGAUGAAUGGGUCGAGAAGGUACUGCCGGGACAAUUGGAAGCUCCGAAAGCGGAACGGGAAGAUUGGAUGAACUGCAUGCUGAUUCCUACCUACAGUAAGGAAGCUAAAAGGGAAGAGAAAAAGCCUGCCGCAGAGCAGUACGACCCGAAGACAAGUGUAAGGGAAUUAAAUCCGCACUGGAAGAACGGUGGCGGUGGAUUGCCCAGCUUUAGGCGACCGGUUGAAGAUGAUGAGGAUGAUUAUCGUUCAAGGAAGCUGACGAGCAAGGAACCACCCGGUAGGAAUUCGGGUCGCAGUGGUGGCUGGAGGAAACCGGACAGGCAUAAGGAAGAAGUUCGGGAAGAUCGUAACGAACGAAAGCAGGAGACGAUUACUGCUAGUGAAGAUGGUAUUUUCUUAACGGAUCAGCAAUUGAACGAUUUGGGAGCAAAAAUCAUCAAAGCUGAGAUUAUGGGUAAUAGCGAGCUGGCAAGUAGUCUGAAGGAACGUUUGGAACAGGCGAAGGCCUAUAGAAGUGAGAUUAAGAAUUCUGCCAAAUCAGAAACGGCCGGUAGCAGCAAACGUAAAGAAACGGAAAUGGAAGAGGAUGUGAGCUUUGCGGUUAGCAAAUCUUCAGCUGAUAACACUGGGCAACUCAAGAAACAGCGCCGAUACCAGCAAAAUCUACCGGGGGGUGAUCUGGCGGACAAGUUCCGAUCGGAGCGGUUUGAAAACGAUAAUAUGGAUGCUCAGUUCUUCAAGGUGUCCUCUAAGCUUGAUCGGGAGGCUAACAAUUUGGACAACAUAUUCGGUCACGGCAGUGCCACUGCGGCUGACUCUGGUCGAUCAAACGAAGAAAAGGUCGUUCGAGAUAUGAACAAACUUUCACGCGUUCAAGCCGAUUGCGAACGUUGCAUUAACUCGUCGCAGUUCCUUCAGGACAAUAUCAUUUCAAUGGGCGAAAACGUUUUCCUAGCCGUACCCAGCUGGAGGGCACUCCAGCCCAAGCAUUGUUUGAUAGUGCCGGUCUCUCACUACCCGUCUUUGACACUCAUGGAUGAGGACGUCUAUCAGGAUUUGGUAGACACGUGCAAGGCUUUGAAACGCAUGUUCGCCGCCCACAAGCAGGAAGUUAUAUUCUUCGAAACAGUUCGCUAUAUAAACCGCAAUCCGCAUACCUACGUCCAGUGCAUUCCGGCCGACAACUACGAGAUGGCACCGUUCUACUUCAAGAAAGCAAUCCUCGAAUCGGAAACGGAAUGGGCCAUGAACAAAAAGCUACACAACGUCCAGGGAAUGGAAAUUCGCCGUACCGUACCGAAAGGGUUACCGUACUUUUGGGUGAAUUUCAAUUUGGAAAGUGGAUUUGCGCACGUGAUCGAGGAUCAGGAAAGCUUCCCGGUUACGUUCGCGUCGGAAACAAUUGGUGGCAUUUUGGGACUGGAAACACGGGAUUGGCGAAAACCAGGGCGAGAACGUAACCCGCAACAGCGAGUGAAGGAAUUCACCCAAUGGUGGAAAGAUUUUGACAAUUUGACGAAGGCGUAAGUUUAAAAUGUUUAAUGAAAUCUGAGUACC